ACAGGGCUCUGGCCGGAGGCAAGGCUGGCCAAGGAUGGUGACGCCCAGCGGCCUGGGGGCCCUGCUGCUGCUGCUGCUGGCCUCAGGUGAGGGACAGUCCACCGAAGAGCCGAGAAAUCCCUGCCUGAGGCACAUCUAUGAGGACUAUUAUGACACCCACAACUUGGAGGAAAAGGCUGAGUGUUUCACCAACUGUGGGCACUUGGAGAGCGACCCCUGUGAUGUGGGGAACUUGCAGAGAUACUGGCUGAACUACGAGACCCACCUGGUGGAGAACAGUGUGUCGGAGACAGUGAACAUGUCUUUCAUGAAGGCUUUGGUCCGGAACUUCAGAACCGAUACCCCGGAAGACCUAGUCUUCUCUCUGCAGCCUGCUCAGAUUCCGAGGCAGGUGGCGAAGGAUGAGGACAAGCCCCCUGACAGAGUCCGACUUCCCAAGAGCCUUUUCGGAGCACUGCCAGGCAACAGGGCCGUGGUCCGGUUGGCUGUCACUGUUCUGGACAUCGGUCCGGGCAAUAUCUUCAAGGGUCCCCGGCUCAGCCAGGAGGAUGGCAGCAGCGUGUUGAACAAUCACCUGGUGGGCUUGAGUGUGGGCCAGACACCCGUCACCAGGCUGGCCGAGCCUUUGGAGAUCACCUUCUCCCACCAGCGUCUGCCCCCUAACAUGACUGUCACCUGUGUCUUCUGGGAUGUGACGAAAGGGCCAACUGGAGACUGGGCUUCCAAGGGCUGCUCCACGGAGCCCGGAGCCAAGGGGACUGUCUGCCGCUGUGAUCACCUGACCUUCUUCACCCUGCUGCUGAGGCCCGUCUUGGACCAGGCCACAGCGAAGGCCCUCAAGCACAUCUCUCAGGCAGGCUGCGGAGUCUCCAUGAUCUUCCUGGCCUUCACCAUUGCCCUCUACAUUGGCCUGAGGCUUUCCCGGCAGAGGUUCCAGUCGGAAGAUGCCCCCAAGAUCCACGUGUCCCUGAGUGCGAGCCUGUUCCUCCUGAAUCUAGUCUUCUUGGUCAAUGUGGGGAGCAGCUCAAGGGUGUCCGAUGCCGCCUGCUGGGCCCGGGGUGCCAUCUUGCACUACUUCCUGCUCUGCGUCUUCACCUGGAUGGGCCUGGAAGCUUUCCACCUCUACCUGCUUGUCAUCAAGGUCUUCAACACCUACUUCGGGCACUACUUCCUGAAGCUGAGCCUGGUGGGCUGGGGCCUGCCUGCCCUGAUAGUCGUCGGCACCGGGAGUGCCAACAGCUAUGGCCUCUACGCCAUCCACGACCAGGAGAACCGCACCUCGCUGGAGCUGUGCUGGUUCCGUGAAGGAACGGCCGUCCACGCCCUCUACGCCACCGUCCACGGCUACUUCUUCACCACUUUCCUCUUCAGCGCUGUCGUCCUGGCCCUGGUGGCCUGGAAGAUCUUCACCCUGUCGAGUGCCAGGGCGGGCAAGGAGCAGAGGCAGAACCGGAAAGGGGUGCUCACGGUGCUGGGCCUCUCGAGCCUGGUGGGCGUGACGUGGGGGCUGGCGGUCCUCACGCCCCUGGGCCUGUCCACCAUCUACAUCUUCACCUUCCUCAACUCCCUGCAAGGUGUCUUCAUCUUCUGCUGGUUCUCCAUCCUCUACUUCCCAAGUCAGAGCACCGCAGCCUCCUCUUCCGGCACUGCCAGAGUGGACCAGACCCACUCCGUGUCUCACGAAUAGGACGACACAGCCCUGCACUUUGGACUCAGCUCCGAUGCUCUGUGGGACCUUGGGCGGCUUCCUGUGUCCCCCGGAGCCUUGGUUUCCUUCUCUGUACAGUGUGGCUGGGGAGGGAAGAAAUGGUGACCAGGUUGGACCAUGUGGCCUCAGAGGUCUGCUCCAGGUCUGUCCGUGGGUCCGAGAGUCCACACACGCAGGUUUGCAGGAGGCUGAAGUUCCUGCAGCCCUGAGACCCCCCGCCAGCAAAGCACGACAUCUUCACCCCCACGUUCUGCCCUCGUAGCAAAGCAGCUCUUCUCUCCCUCACCCAUCUUCUGGUCUCGGCGAGGGCCUGAGCCCAAAGAGGGCUGUCUGUUGUUGGUACAGCCUCUUAGGGGAGCCCCCAGCUCCUCCCUCUUCCCUCCUCCCCCUGUCACUGCCCUCCCACAACUGCACCCUCCCACUGCCUGUACUCUUUAGGGGCAUUCAGGAGGUCAUCGUCCUUCCAGCACUGGGGGGCAGCCUGCCUCUGGUUUCUGCCCAUCCCAUCAGAGCCCAUCCUCACGGAAGAGACCCCUCCAUUCAGUGUGCUGCCAGCCCCCCAGGUGUCUGGGGACAUAGACUCUCAGAGAACACCACGUAGUGGGUGCACUACCUCGA